GCGAGAUCAUCUGUGCCUAUUAUCUGAUUGGCUGUCUCCGAAGCCAACAGCAUUGCCCACCCACAUGUUUAUAUGAAUCGUUGAUCAUGUGUCGAGUCCUCCCACUGAGAGAGGAUCUGUGCCGCGAUCGAGGGCUCAUGGCAGCUAAUGAUUAUCGCGCUUACCUGCGGAAUCAUAUCGAUAUGGAAGAGGCUCCGGGACGCGCUGCGCACACGGGAUCCACGCACAGAGCGCUCAUAUUCGGCACGCUCGCUGUCAUGGGACUGCUGCAGGUCGCGUCGAGUGUGGCGAUUUUGUUGCACUUAACCGGUUAUCUGCGAGAGGUCGACCUUGCCUCAGCCCAGCGGAGUCCUAAUGAGGAAAUGCACAGUGAAACCUUAAUAGCAGAUUCACUCAAGAGUUUAAAGGAGAGGAAGGAAAAAUGUCGACUAAAAAAGGACACACGCAUGCCAUCAGCUCACCUUCCUAUCAAGACACCCACUAAUUUUUCAGCCAAAAAUCGAGAUUCCUUAACCAUGAUCACCUGGGAUGAUUUUCAAGGGCUAAUAUCUGGUAUGAGAUACCAUGACGGACGAAUUCUAGUGGAUGAAGCUGGCUAUUACUAUGUAUAUGCCAAGACCUGCUUUCGAUACGCUAAGGUUCACGACUCGAGCAAACAGGAUGUCAGCAAUGUACAGUUGAUUCAAUACAUUUAUCACGAGAAGAGCACGCAGUCUGUAGGUACACCUAUUUCCCUUACAAAAAGCGGCGGCACUCUGCAGUGGAACAUCGCGCCGUACAACAUGUACUGCGUGGAGCAGGGCAGAGGCAUCCAACUGAAUAAUGGCGAUGGUAUUUAUGUCAGUGUGUCCAAUGCAUGGCUACUGGACCCAGCAGCUGACGGGACGUAUUUUGGAACUUUUAAGAUAAGCAAUUGAUUUGCAUCAUUUUUGCUACUGAACAUGUUAAUGCACAUUUUGCAACCUUACGAACUUUUUUUUAAAGUGACCAUGAACCACUGAGCACUUGUUUUUGAUCACUGACUAUUUUGUAUUUUUGUUCAAUAUAGAUGACUUUUAAGAGCACAUUAUAACUAUGAACACUUCUCAAUUGUGCCAUUGAAGCUCUUAAGUACCAGCACUAGAAAACCAAGAAUGGACUCAGGCCUCUGUCUGUGUUUUUAUAGUUAAGUACCAAUACUGGCAAUGAGGGGCGCCAUAAAGGGGUGAAGAGUAGGAUGAUUCCAAGGGCCCUGACCAAAAAGGGGGCCCGACGCAAUCCCUGGGACGCAAUUGCAAUUUCAAUGGGAGCUGAGACAAAAACUGUCCAAGGUGCCCAGAAAAGUGCCCCUGCUAGUAAUAGAUAUCAACAACUGUGCAACAAAUCACAGUGGUGGAGAGAUGCUGGACAGUCCUAGUAAAGUACGCCAAAUCGCAGUAGUCUGCUGCGACCUUCACAACAGAGGGAAAACUUACGAACUAAGUGCUCAAAUUUUGUUUGAAUCAUACUCAGUAUGAAUGUCUGGUUCAUUGAAGUGUUGUAUAAAAGCAAUAACACAUUUGCAGCCUUAGCCGUAGUGAUGUAAUGUUAGCAGUGAGUACCAAAAAGUAACUGCCUUAAGAUAGUAAUAAAAGAUGACGUGUCAGUGCAUCCCUAGUUUAUGAAUUUCAUCAUUACAUUUAUUGAUUGGAUCAAGAUAUAAAACAGUUUAUAUACCAUGAAAAGUUUCAUUCUAGCAAGCAUGGUUAUGUUGAACUUUGUAAAAAUGAUCAUGCAGAAUGGUGGAUAGACACUUUCUACAAUUUCACCCAUUUUAUUGAUUGAUGAAUUUCACUGUUGGACUUUUAGAGAUGCCCUUUGUUUUUUUUUUUUAAAUCAAAUUUCUUGAACAAAACAUAUACAAACAUUAAACAAAAAUCAAGGCAGCUGGACUGUCUUUGACUCAGUGAGAGAAGCGAUGUGCAGAACCAAACUGAGUUUGGUUCGCUCUAAUUACAUUUUUUUUUAUCCACUAAGUGUAUUUAUUUAUUUUCUAUGAUGAUAGAAUGUUUGUCAAAUGUUCUGUCUGUUGUACAGUUUUGUAGUGUAUAUAAUUGUAUAAUUGCCUUUAUUCCAUUCUUCAAGAGGUUUUGGAUGAAGGGCAUUGACUUUAAGUCAGUUAUACAUGCACUUUUGUCCCAGGCACAGGGCUCCUGUUUAAAGCAGAAAUGGAUUAGUUUCUCACUAAGAAACUUUGUAUUUAAGUAAAAUUCAUUUGACAAUUCUGUGUGCAAAUGUUUGUGGACAGCAGAAUAUAUUGUUGCCAACCCAAAGCAAGCCUAAAAUGGUUUGCAGCCUUAAAGUCUAAUAUUUUUUUUUUCAUAUGUUAGCAAAAGUUUUGUUUAAUUAUGUUUAUUUAUACUAUUCUACCCUAAUAAAGAUACUUUUCUAAAUAAAA